AUGAGAUCUAGGACCCUCAGCGCGGUGCUCGCGUCACUCGGCACCGUGACGAGAGCGCAGAACUGCACUUUCGACUCAAUUACGCCCUCCCAGGAUCUCGUCUGGUGCCAAUGCGAAGGCGACUACCUCUGCGCCAAACUCGAUGUACCCUUGAACUACCUCAAUCCGGGACUCGCCCGCGCCACCGUCCCGCUGAUCAAGCUCCCCGCGGCGUCCUCCUCCCCAGACGGGCCCUACCGCGGCAUGAUCCUCGCCAACCCAGGCGGCCCCGGCGGCUCAGGCAUCGAGCUCAUCAGCCAGAACGGCGCCCUGAUCGCCCAGGCCAUCGGGACCAACUACGACAUCGUCGGCUUCGACCCCCGCGGCAUCGGGCUGAGCGAGCCGCGGCCGAACUGCUCCGCGGGGAUCCUCGCUCAAACGCAGCAGUCCAGGGAGGCGCCGAGGCUGCAGGACGCGUACUUCCAAUCCUUCAUCGACUUCGGCAGGGCGCUCGGGGAGCAGUGCGCCGAGCAGGCCGGCGGGCCGACGGGGGCGGGACGGCAUAUGACCACGGCCGUCACGGCGCGGGACAUGCUCAGCAUCGUGGACGCCUUCGCGCGGACGCCUGACGGGGCGCGCGCGGCGGCUAAUGCUAGCCUGCUGAACUACUACGGCAUCAGCUACGGCACGUUCUUGGGCCAGACGUUCGCGAGCAUGUCCCCGGACCGCGUGGGGCAUAUUGCGCUGGACGGGGUAGUGGACCCGGCGGCGUUCCAGGCAAAUGGGACGUGGCGGAGUGUGAAUCAUUUGGAUGGUGUUGUGGGCGCGUUCUUUGUGUAUUGUCACGCCGCGGGGCCGGAGGCGUGUGCGUAUUACACGGGGACGACGGCGAUGGACAUUUUUGAGCGGUGGAAGGCGUCGUUUGAGAGGCUGGACGCGGGGAGGGCGGCGGCGGAGGGAUGGGGGAAUAGCAGCGAGAUCGCGGCGGCGCUGUUGACGUUCAAGGUCGGGAUGUUGGCGAUGGCGGUGCAGCCGCUGGAGAUGUUCGGGCCCGUGGCGGAGGCGCUCGUCGGGCUGGAGCAGGCGUUGGAGGGCGGUGUCUUGGGACAGUGGACGGAGCAGGUCAACGGGCUGAUUGGGGAUCCCGGGGUCGCGUCGUAUGCGGCGACGAGCCCGGAGCAGGGGCUCGGCGUGAUCUGCUCUGACCAGGAGAACAAGCAGUACGGCAAGGGGUUGGAGGAGAUACGGGGGCUGAUUGACCAGCUCGAGGGGCAGAGUGUUAUCGGGGAGACGUGGAUUAGGUUCACGCUGGGCUGUACGGGUUGGAAGAUCAAGAGCGAUGAUGUGUUUACGGGCCCGUAUGGAGGGGAGACGAAGGGGAGGGUGUUGUUUGUGAGCAACACGUUUGAUCCGACGACGCCGAUUGAGAAUGCUAUCUCCAACGCCCCGAACUUCAAAAACGCGAGGAGACUUACGAUUGAGGGCAUGGGUCACACCGGAACGGCAACGAACAAUUUGUGUGCUUAUGGGGUUGUCAAAUCUUACUUCCAAGACACGAUUUGUGGAAAAGAUAUAUACUGUCCGCUUGAAACAGGGCCGUUUGGAGUUCAGUUGGAGGGGUCGAUUCAGGAGAACCUCGAGGCAGCGGGCUUGGCAAACCUCCACGACCUCUUUUAG